GCCUGGCCGGAAAUAGAUAGCCGGAUGUCCCUACGAGUCGCGCGAUAUUAGCACAAACGAGACUUCGGAACAUUCUUUUCACCGGAACAUCAGGCAAAAUGGCGGAUGUCGAGAUCAAGAAGAAGCGUACCUUCAGGAAGUUCACCUAUAGAGGUGUGGACCUGGACCAGCUUCUGGACAUGUCCUAUGAACAGCUGAUGCAGCUGUACUGCGCCCGCCAGAGGAGGAGACUUAACCGUGGCCUUCGCCGCAAGCAGCAGUCCCUCCUGAAGCGCCUGCGUAAGGCCAAGAAGGAGGCUCCCCCCAUGGAGAAGCCUGAGGUGGUGAAGACUCACCUUAGGGACAUGGUCAUCCUGCCUGAGAUGGUUGGCUCCAUGGUCGGAGUGUACAACGGAAAGACCUUCAACCAGGUUGAAAUCAAGAGCUGCCCCGGUCAACUGUACGUGCUGUUAUUAUGAAGUGGAAACAUCUAGGAGCAACAACGGCUCAGCCGCAAAGUGCCUGAGAUGUGCGGCCACUACCUGGGGGAGUUCUCUAUCACCUACAAGCCAGUCAAGCACGGUCGCCCCGGUAUCGGAGCUACACAUUCUUCCCGUUUCAUCCCACUGAAAUAGAAGGGCUGCUGUCUUUGUAUAAAUAAAAAUGAGGUCCCCACA